UCGGCAGGCCGCCGACAAUUGGGGGAUGCAAUUCAGAUUCUAUAUCCUUCCUUUUAUACCUCGAUUAUAUAUAUAUAUAUCCUAAAAGAUCCGACAUCUUCUAUAUUAGAUAUAUCUCUUUCAUUAUAUAUCCUUUUAUACCCCUCCUUUCCAACGCACCUUCGAUUCGCCGGGAAGCACAUGGGCGUCACCAAGGUGCUCGCCGAUCUCCGAGCGCGCUGCCCGCAGCGUCCGGCCGUCGGGAUCCUCGCCUUCGAGGCCGCCGCCGUCAUGUCUCGCCUCGUCUCCCUCCACCGCUCCCUCGCCGAGGAGGAAGUCGGCCGCCUCCGCGCCGGCAUGCGCGCCCCUGGCGUCGCCUACUUGACCUCGAAGGAUCAGGUUUUUCUCCUCCGCGUCGCCGGCGCCGAGCUGGUGGGCGACCUCGACGCGGCCGCGGCCGCUGUCUCCCGCCUCGCCCCCAGGUGCCGCGACCUGCUACUCCACGCCUUCGACCGCCUCUACGCCGACCUCAAGGCCGUCGGAGUGCACUCCUUUCUCAUCGACGCCCGCGCCGCCGCCGACCUCGACCGCCUCGGCCUCGGCUCCACCGCCAAGCGCGCGGAGAGGCGGGUGAGGAAGAUGGAGCGGUACGUGGCGGCGACGUCAAGGCUGUACACGGAGAUGGAGGUGCUUAAUGAGCUUGAGGCGACGGAGAAGCGCGCCCAGCAGCAGGAGCAGCAGGAGUGGCGCCGGCACAGCGGUCCGAUACAGGUCCAGAAACCGCCGUCGGCGCCCGACCCGGUUCGCUUCCAGCUCCGGUCGCAGGAAGACAGGGUUCGCCGGCUAAAGGAGGAAUCUUUGUGGAGCAAGACCUUCGACAAGGCUGUGGAGCUCAUGGUCCGAACCGUCGUCGCUGUCUUCUCCAGAAUCUGUGCUGUCUUCGGCGUCUACGUCCUCGGUCUGCCGGACGGUGAUCUGACCAAUUUCCUCAGGAAGCACUCGUCAGGGCUGCUGGAGCGACGGGUGGUGCCGCAGCACGUGCCUUUCCUUCGUAACUCUGCAACGAUCAUGAGAACGCCGAUGGAGAUCGGCGCGCAAGAAACGCCCUUCGAUCGUUUGAGGAAAUUCCUCAAAGAGUCCCCGACCACCGUCGGCGGGUCGGGCCUGACGUUGCGGUACGCCAACGUUAUCCUGGCUGCCGAGAAGUUGUUUCAAGAACGAAACAGAGUGAAGGCAGCGGCUGUGGAGGAGGAGCCGGUGGCGGCGGCGAGAGAGAAAUUGUACGAGAUGCUGCCGUCAGGGAUGCGCGCGGCUGUGAGGGCGAAGCUGAGGGAGUGCUGGAGGAGGGAGGGGGUCCGGCUGUCAGAUGUGGACGAAUCUCUGGCGGAGGGCUGGAGGGAGCCGGUGGCUGCGAUCCUGGCGUGGCUGGUGCCGGUGGCGCGCGACACGGUGCGGUGGCAGGAGGAGCGCAACAUGGACCGGGAGCAGAGGUUCUGCACGCGGCCACGGGCACUGCUGCUGCAGACGCUACACUACGCCGACGUCAACAAGGCGGAGGCAGCCGUCGUGGAGGUGCUCGUCGGGUUGAGUUGUAUGUCGUGGUACGACGAUCGGCGGCAGUGUAAAUCGGAGCUUGAAUUAUGAAAAAAUUAUGCAAUC